CCGGAAAGAACCAAAUCCUUCACUCUUCUCUGAGCUUACGACACCUCUCUCUCUCUCUCUCUUCUCAUUCCUUUCCAACUCCUUAAUUUCUCGAAUUCGUUGAUCCAUCUCUUCGGAAACCAGAAAUGGCUCAAGUGGUUGCUACCAGGUCGAUUCAAGGCUCGAUGUUGAGUCCCAACAGUGGAUCUGUGGCAACAAGAUCCGAGAAGCUUUUGAAGCCGGCGAGUUUCGCAGUGAAGGUUCUGGGAAAUGAAGCGAAGAGGAGUGGAAGAGUCUCUGUGAGAAGCAGAAGAGUGGUUGAUACCACUGUGAGAUCCGCUCGUGUUGAGACUGAAGUGAUUCCAGUUUCUCCUGAGGAUGUGCCUAACAGAGAGGAGCAACUCGAGAGGUUGUUGGAAAUGCAGCAGUUUGGUGACACAUCGGUAGGGAUGUGGUCGAAGCCGACAGUAAGGAGGAAGACAAAGAUCGUUUGCACCGUUGGACCUUCUACCAACACACGAGAAAUGAUAUGGAAAUUGGCUGAAGCUGGGAUGAAUGUUGCUAGGAUGAACAUGUCUCAUGGAGAUCAUGCUUCACACAAGAAGGUUAUUGAUUUGGUGAAAGAAUACAAUGCACAGACUAAAGACAACACCAUUGCUAUCAUGCUUGACACCAAGGGUCCAGAAGUUAGGAGUGGAGAUUUACCCCAACCAAUUAUGUUAGACCCAGGUCAGGAGUUUACUUUUACUAUUGAGAGAGGAGUCAGCACACCAAGUUGUGUCAGUGUUAACUAUGAUGAUUUCGUCAAUGAUGUGGAAGCGGGUGACAUGCUUCUUGUUGAUGGUGGUAUGAUGUCGUUUAUGGUGAAGUCUAAGACCAAAGACUCUGUCAAAUGUGAAGUUGUUGAUGGUGGAGAACUUAAGUCAAGGAGACACUUGAAUGUCCGAGGAAAGAGUGCAACAUUACCUUCAAUCACUGAGAAGGAUUGGGAGGAUAUUAAAUUUGGAGUCGAGAACAAAGUUGACUUUUAUGCGGUUUCCUUUGUCAAAGAUGCUCAAGUGGUACACGAAUUGAAGAAAUACCUUCAAAAUUGUGGUGCCGAUAUUCAUGUGAUAGUGAAAAUUGAAAGUGCAGACUCCAUACCUAACUUGCACUCCAUUAUCACAGCGUCAGAUGGGGCAAUGGUUGCAAGAGGUGAUCUUGGUGCAGAGCUUCCAAUUGAAGAAGUCCCCAUUCUUCAGGAGGAGAUCAUUAACCUUUGCCGUAGCAUGGGAAAGGCUGUUAUUGUUGCGACUAACAUGCUUGAGAGUAUGAUAGUUCAUCCAACUCCAACCAGGGCAGAGGUCUCAGACAUUGCUAUCGCUGUUAGAGAAGGUGCUGAUGCAGUAAUGCUUUCAGGAGAAACUGCUCAUGGAAAAUUCCCAUUGAAAGCUGCUGGAGUGAUGCACACGGUUGCAUUGCGAACGGAGGCAACCAUAACUAGCGGUGAAAUGCCACCUAAUCUUGGUCAAGCCUUCAAGAACCAUAUGAGUGAGAUGUUUGCAUACCAUGCAACCAUGAUGUCAAACACACUUGGCACUUCAACUGUUGUCUUCACCAGAACUGGUUUCAUGGCUAUAUUGCUAAGUCACUAUCGUCCUUCUGGCACAAUCUAUGCCUUCACAAAUGAGAAAAAAAUUCAGCAAAGAUUAGCCUUGUAUCAAGGUGUAUGCCCUAUAUAUAUGGAGUUCACAGAUGAUGCAGAAGAAACUUUUGCUAAUGCUUUGACUACACUACUGAAACAAGGAAUGGUGAAGAAGGGAGAGGAAAUAGCAAUCGUACAGAGCGGAGCACAGCCAAUCUGGCGAUCUCAAUCGACACAUAACAUUCAAGUGCGCAAGGUCUAAAGCUUCUUUUAAGAUCUCACUGGGUCAGUGUCUUUUAUAUGUAGAACCGUUGUUUUUGGUUAAUUUUCGUUGCAUGUCUCUUGUACUCUAAAACUUGUUGUUUGCUGUAUCUUCUUCAGUUUUCGCUUUUCCACAAUUAUGUGUUUUGGCAGACAUUGUUAGCUCCUUAGUUAGUGGAAACUCAGAGAAAAGUACGAAUUAUUUUCAACUGAUGAUCAAAAUAAAGCAAGCAAGCGAAGAACUA